AUGCACAGAGGAGAGAAGCCAUAUCAGUGCUUGCAGUGUGGAAAGAGGUUUUCUCAUAUUAGGCACCUCAAUUCCCAUGAAAGAAACCACACUGGGAAGCCAUAUAAGUGUUCACAGUGUGGGAAAUGCUUCAGGUGGAAAUUCGUUCUCACUAGACAUCAAAGAAUCCACGGAGGGGAGAAACCAUAUACAUGCAGGCAGUGUGGAAAAAGCUUCACUCAGAAAACUAAUCUCACUAGACAUCAAAGAAUCCACACAGGGGAGAAACUAUAUACAUGCUUACAGUGUGGAAAAGGCUUUGCUCUGAAACAGCAUCUUACUAGACAUCAAAGAACCCACAAAGCGAAGAAACCAUAGACAUGCUUGGAGGGUGGAGAGAGUUUCUGCCACUUAUAAACCCUUCAUGGAUGUCAAAGAGAGAGAGAUUAUACAAAU